UGGCGGCAAUGCAAUUGGCAUCGUGCUGCUGCCAUUGCUGCUCUCAGCCAUGGCCAAUGCCAAUGGCAAUGGCAAUGACAAUCCGUUGGAUGUGGCUGUGAUGCGGCAUGCGCAUCACCAUCAGGAACGACAACGUCAAGCCCAGGCCGCUGCUGUCAUCGAUUUCAAGAAGGAGCGCGAUAAAAAUGCAACAAUAAUAGCAGCGGCAACAACAGCUCCGAAUCGCAAUCAAAAGCGUUUGCAGCAAUUGCAGCUGGCACAGGGCGCGGCAACAACAGGCGGCAAUAACAACAACAACAUUAGGCGUCAUCAUCAUCUGCGCCACGAGCAACAUUUGCUCGCCGAACUUGAGGCCAACAGGCAACAGCAACAGCAGCAGCAGCAACGAUUGCAACCAUCGCUGUCUCUGGGUGGAGGUCAGCAACAUCACUUGCGGCAUCACAAUCGGCAUCAUGCUGAUUGGGAGCAAAGAGUCUUUCAGCAGCAGCAGCAGUUGCUGCAGCAACAGAUCUUAGCACAGACCACAACCAGCACCAUCGCCAGUCCAUCAACAGCAACAACAACAACAACCGAUGCACCCUACAAACAGCGCGUGGGCAAUCAAAGCAGCGUCGUGUCGCGUUAUUUCGAUCGCGAGGGAAUCUUCGCCUGGUCAGAUCAGCGCACAACCCGCGCACCCAAAUGGCAAACACAACAACAACGAGUUGGCAGUGCAGAUACUGACGAUUACGGCAACGAUGACGACAGCAACAGCGAUGAUGAGGACGACGAAGGCGAUGAUUAUGAGAGCGAUGAUGAUUAUAGCGAUGAAGUAGACACUGGCAGCAAGCAAAUGCCACGCUAUUCACUUUUUACGCACGGCACAGCACAAAUCCGAAGCGACAACUCCCAGAACUCCGAUACCAUCGAAGAUUAUGUUUAUGAGAGUAACGACGGCGCUGCUGGGGAGAAGCCAUCAUCGCAGUCCCUAACUGACAACAAGCAUCCCAGCGUUGGCGAGUCCAAUGCCAAGGCAGCAGCCAAGCGCAACAUAUUCGAUUGGCUAUUCAAAAAGGAUAAGCAACAGGAGAAGGCAAAACCUAUACCCCUUCAGGCCACCACUGCUGGCUAUGAGAAGCUCAACUCAAAUAACGAUGAAAGUUUCCCUAAUGCCAAGCAAGUGGACAGUGCAGCCGACGAAGAGGAUGAUGAUGAAGAUAGCGCUGAGGGCUUCUCCAACGACCAAUGGAACAAAAUCCAGCACGAACACCAUCUGAAGCACCAGAAGCAGCAGCAGAAACAUCAAAAGGAGCUUCUGGCACUGCGCGAGAGCAGCAGAAAUACUCCACUUAUUCGUAAUACGGGCGGCAGCAGCAGCACCUUCGACUUUGAUAAUGAGUUCUUGGCGAAUGACGAAAACAUUUACUCACGCAACUACUUGCCCGGAAAACUGACAAAUCGAAAAGUGGAGCAACUAGGCACAGCGGAAGCUGUGAAGAAGGCACGUCGUCUGCACGUCCAGCAACGGGAUCGAGACCUGGCCAAAGCACAUUUUAAUCAAGUAAUAAACGAGGCCAAUUGUAGGGUGCCCCAGCGUCGCUGUGAGAGCAUACAACGCGAUCCCUCCAAGAUCUACAGUCCGCACUGCACCAUCCUUCAUCGGUGCAGCGAGGACAGCGGUUGCUGCCACAGUCGCUCCCAAGUGUGUGCGCCCAAGCGAACCAACAAUGUGGAACUAUAUUUUUUCGUUAAAAGCAAUAAUCAACUACGACCUGUUACCGAAAAGCUGACCUUUGUGAAUCACACCGAAUGCCAUUGCGUGGAGCGCAGCAAAUAUGCAGCCGAUGGUGGCGUCUCCAGCGCAGUGUUGCAACGGGCUACCAUACUGAGCUGCACUUGCCCCAAACCGUUCGAGAAGAUAUUGCAGGACGAUGGCUUUUGUCGCUGCGACUGCUCCUCAGGCAAUUAUGGCUGCGACUGGCUGAAGCGUGGCAGCGAGCAUUUCUCCAUAACAGAUCGCAAAUGCAUACAGCAGGGUCGCUGCAAGCCGCCGACCUGCGAAUAUGGCACCUAUAUAGAGAAGCACGGACGCUGCCCUAAGCAGCACGAGCAGAUGCCCCAGUUGCCCAGCUAUAAUGUGCUGUCGUAAGUCGGUCGAACCAAGAACUUCACACAUAUGUGUAUAUGUAAUAUCGAAAGUAUUAAGCUGCUUCGAAAAGGCAGCACGAUUUGUUAAACGGACACAAAAAACAGAAACACAAACGAAAAGUGAAUUUAGUUGCAUAUCCCCUAAACGUGAAUAAGCAAACAAAAUAUAUCGCAAUGAUUUUCAGCUCAGUCGCAACAUGUUUUUAGCGAAGCGUGAAACAAAAAAGUCUUUUUCUAAAUUCAAAUGAUCAUCAACUUGAAUACAUAGCUGUACA